AACACUUAGACCCUCACAAUUAUUCAUCCUCAGUCGCAUCCAUCCUUCAGGGUUUUUACCAGAAGAACUUAAACUUAAGUUCUUAAAAGCUUAAGGGAAGGCACUCCCUGCGCAAAGGCGCAAUCUUCCAAGAAACCUUCAAGAGAUCGGAGAGUCAGGAGGAGGGAACGAAGGUGCCGGGUGGGACGGAGGAUGGUGAGGAGUGGGCUCAAGGAAUGAGUCAGCUCCGCUCCCUGUCACUCUGCGGCUCCGGGGGGCGGAGGAAAAGAGAACUCCGCCGGUGAAGCUAUAAAAGCGAAGGGGGCAGAAGGCGAGCAGAGGAGGCGGCUGCUGGGGACGGGCGAACUAACGAACGAACGAAAGGGGGGAGGACGGGAGGGCGGACUCCACGCCUAACAAGCCGAGCGCCCGAUCUUCCGUCCCAAGCCUCUCAUCUGCCUGCUGUCGGGAUGCCCCGGACCAGCCAACGGAAGGUGGAAGGCUGCCUGGAUUCCUAGAUAGCGAGCCACCGAGCGAGCUGUCAGCCGUUGCUCUCCCGGCCAGUCCCCGCUUCGGAGCAGAUCUGGGUUGAGUUUCUCCCACGGCAAAAGGCGACGCGGUGGACGCGGGAGCGGAUCCAGGACUUUUUUUGUUUCCUGCCCUUAGACGUCCCAGCCGAGCUUCGCGGGUGGGAGGCUCCCUGCUCUGGGUUCAGCCACCGCCUCCCGCCCGGGACCAGGUCUCCGUCUCCUUCCUUUCCUCCGCGACUGGCUCUUCUGCUGAGAAGGAGGUGGGGGCGCGCCACCAUGCCGCCCCGGAGACCUUGACUGGGAGCUCUCGCCUUUGGUCGCGCGGCUCCGACGACCCUCGCCGACGCCGGGGGGUCGUUGCUGUUGUUUUGCAGCCACUGCGCCGCCCAGCCCAGCUCCGGGAAGGAAGGAAGGAAGGAAGACGUCUAGGAAGAGGGUAGAGACGAUCAUGCAGAGCUGGACUAAGUUCUCCUCCCGCCCUCUCCUCUUCCUAGCCGCGCUCUUGGUGGUGGAAGGUUCCCAGCUCGACGGCACCAAGGCGAACGCCAUCAAGGCCACCCUCAUGGGCGAGACGCCGACCCAGGCGGCCAACAGGUCGGCCACCUUCCACCAAGGACUCCCUCUGGGGAGCGGCAAGAAAGGCAAACUCUUUGGCCAGGGUGGGAAAGGCCUCAAGCAUUAUCACCGGCAAGGCGAGGCUUAUCCUUGCACUAAUGAUAAAGAAUGUGAAGUUGGGAAGUACUGCCAUAGUCCCCAUCAAGCUACGUCUGCCUGCAUGGUUUGUAGAAGGAAGAAGAAACGUUGCCACAGAGAUGGCAUGUGUUGUCCUGGAAACCGCUGUAACAAUGGUAUUUGUAUACCAGUGACUGAGAGCAUUCUCACACCCCAUAUUCCAGCUCUAGAAGUGCCUCGCAAUAAAAAAAAUAAUCACUAUCCCACCAAGGAUUUGGGCUGGCAAAAUCUUGGAAAAGGACAGUCUAAGCUGACACACGCAAAAGGUCAUGAAGGAGACCCUUGCUUAAGAUCCUCUGAUUGCACAGAAGGGUUUUGUUGUGCUCGUCAUUUUUGGACCAAAAUUUGCAAGCCUGUGCUACAUCAAGGAGAGGUUUGCACCAAACAGCGGAAGAAAGGUUCCCAUGGCUUGGAGAUUUUCCAGCGAUGUGACUGUGCCAAAGGCUUAUCGUGUAAAAUCUGGAAAGAUGCCACUUAUUCUUCAAAAGCAAGACUUCAUAUGUGUCAGAAGAUCUGAGACGGGAUUUGAAAAUUGUCACCGGCAGGCCUUGACAAGUGUCUACUGCAUAGACUAUGGUGGGGGAAAAAUUGUAAAUAAAAAAUGACUGGCCCAAAUAUUCUUGGGCCAGAAAAAGGCCCAAAUGACUGGCCCAGUAAAAGAAAGAACAUCAUCUCCACAUGUGUUAUAAUUCUGCUUGGAAGUACAGCUGACAGCAGAUGGAUGUCCUUUUUAGUGUGAUGCCAUUCGACAGUGGGGCCAAAGAUUUGCGACAAAGCUUCUACUGAUAAUCUUGUGACUUCUCCGUAUUAGUUGUAGGUAGUUUAUCCCACUCUGAUGGUAAAAUAGGAUAUAUUUACAAUACAGAGCAGGACUUUGCCAAAAUAUAUUUCUAUCAACACAUACUUGUAUACUGAAUAAUAACUACAAAAUGUUCCCAGCAAACUAAAGGUGUUGGAAAUAAAAGAGGAAGUUACUGCAUGUGUAAUUAUGGACUUUAUUGUUUUACAAUCCAGGGCCCUCACUUGCAUAGGGAUUUUUAAUCUCUGUCAAAAUAUAUGAAAAGAGGCAGUUAAACUAGGGUAAUAAUCUAGAUUCGUAUUUCUCAAAUUUAGCAAUUUAGCUAUACUGGUUGGGGAAUUCUGGGUUUUGAGGUCCAGAUAUCUUAAAUUGCCAACAGUAAAAAAACCUGAUUUAGAUUCAUGUAAAUGAUAUAAACAGUUAGACUUCAUAACGCAAACUGAUACUUCUUCGUUUAUUGUAGCUAAUGACUCCCAUCAACUUGGCUUACUGGUUUAUUGAUAGCCACAUGGACUUACAAUGAAAACAGACUAUUCAUUGCCACAACCAAAAUAGAAUGAUAUACUAAGAUGCUGGUUGUAAAAACUAGGAAAUGGGGGUUUGCAUUAUGAAUUAGUCUUUGUUUUUCCCCUUAAAGUGGGGCUUUCAGGAUCAUUAAACCUUUUUUGCUAAAUAAUAUGUCACAAGAGUUUUAGAUCAGAACAUAAACCAUAAUAUGUCAGUGACAAAAAUAAAAGUUAAUAGCAUUGAAAGUACUGAGAUUAACAUGUGUCAUAAGAAUAUGGUGAAUAUGUUCUGAAUGCACUUUAGGAAUGUGUUUGGCAUUGGCACUAAUGGAUUGCUCUACGUAUUUCAAUGGAUGCCAGUGGAGUUCACUUCAGCGGUAUUAACGGGCUAGUAAAAUGGACACCAAUUUCUUCUCUUUUCUUCCCCAUUUGGCAUCCUUAUCAGAGGUGGGUUUCAGCAGGUUCUGACCCGUUCUGGAGAACCGGUAGCGGAAAUUUUGAGUAGUUUGGAGAACCGGUAGUAAAAAUUCUGACUGGCCCCACCCCCAUCUAUUCUCUGCCUCCUGAGUCCCAGCUGAUCAGGAGGAAAUGGGGAUUUUGCAAUAACCUUUCCCUAGAUUGGGGAGGGUAUGGAGAUUUUACAAUAUCCUUCCCAUGCCACCAAGCCCACCAAGCCAUACCCACAGAACCAGUAGUAAAAAAUUUUGAAACCCACCGCUGAUCCUUAUAUGUUCUUUCACAGUGCUGAUAUCCCCAUGCUAUGAUCUAUGUCAGGGGUCUCCAACCUUGGUCCCUUUAAGACUUGUGGACUUCAACUCCCAGAGUUCGUCAGCCAGCUUUGCUGGGAGUUGAAGUCCACAAGUCUUAAAGGGACCAAGGUUGGAGACCCUUGAUCUAUGUUAACUUUAGGAGACUGAUGGUUCCUCUUUGCUUAAAAGGAGGAAAGAAUUGUGUGUUUGUGUGUGUUUCUAAUUCUGUUCAUUUUGUUUUAUUUUGGGGUCUUCUUCAUGUGAGUUUAAUAUGCUGAGGGAAUAUGUCAUUUGUAAUAUCUGUUAAAAACUGAGCAAUCAAAGGUAACCAACAAUAGCAGCAAAGUGUUUUGUAGCUAGCAAGUUUUUUUCCUGACUUUCUGAAGCCAUGGAAUGACUAAGUUUUGCAAAAAUUAAAGUUUAUCUGUAAUUAAUUUAUAUUUCAAAAGCCAUGAAUAAAUAUCAGCCAAAUGCUACAUGUUUUUCAUGUCUAUUAAAAAAAUACUUUCAAACCAUUUUCCAUUUCAGUGCCAACUGCAACUUCAGAAAGUACCUAAAUUAAUCUAAACGCAUAUGGUAGUGGUAAAGUAAUUUGCAGCCUGUCCUUCAUUGUUUAUACACACACAAAAAGCCAAGAAAGUGGAUUUUGGCAGAGGUGUUUAUAAUUCUCUAAGUUUUUGUUUUAAAAUCAGAAUUCCACAAACCUUUGAUGGGAAUUCAGAGUAAGCCAUGAAACUAUGCUAGCAGUACAGUUGGUAGACUCCUUAGACCAGUAUUAAUAGGAUGUUGUAUGUUCUAAUUCUCUCCCAUACUAUUUGUGUAGUUUAUUUUAAUGUACAUGAUCCAGGAGGAAAAAUGGAUAUUACAUGCAAAUUUGUUUUAUGAAUUUUAGACAGUAUUGCUUAAAAUUAAAAAAAAGUAGCUUUGACAGAUAGUAGAGACACAAUGCAGUUUUAGUUUUCUCUGGCUUAAUUGUUCUACUUAAAAUAUCCCAAGACAUUGCUCCAUUCAUUUAUGUUUCAGAUAUGUGUCUCCUUUGGCACUUCUCACUGGAACUUCAUUUAGGAAAAGCAGCUUGAGCAAGAAAUUAGAAAACUUUUUUUUAUGUCAAUUGUUUCUGCUACCAACAGAUUAUUAGCUCUGAAGCACCAGACUGAAUAUUUAAUUUUUUUUUGUCAGUAAUAAGAUACUUAUAUAGAAGCUUAUUUAAAGUUUAGGAAGUUCAAAUUAUUUGGGAGUUUAAUACAGGAAGCUCUAUUCAGUUUACUUCAAUACAAUGAAAAUGGGAUGGAGAUGAUGGACAAAGUGUAUCAGUUCCUUUGCUUAAAUAAUGGAAGCAGGUAACUGACAUCCUUUUGCAUUAACAAGGUUAUAAGAAAGAGUCCUUGCCCUCUCAGCCCAGCUAACGGUAACAAAGUUACAUCCCUGACUCAUUGAAAUGUUAUCUGCAUGCCCUUCCCCACUUUAUUUUCCCCCAUAUCUAGUAUUUGAAAUAAUUUAUUUACAGGAAAUGCUUAAUGAGAUGUAUUUUCUUAUAGAAGAGAUUUCCUACAGAAAGCAUUGUAGCAAAAGUAUACUUGCAAUUUGUUGACUUUGUAAUUUAGAAAGAAAUGUAUAAUAAGAUUAAAUAUAUUAAAAUGGUUUUUU